AUGUGCCUGCAGGACGAAGGAGCGCACAGGGUUUUUUCUCCGGGGGACGGCACCUUCUCGACCGCGAUGUCGGAAGAGCUGCAGGCUGCGAUGCAGCUGCACGCCUCGCCGCUGCCGAUCGUCCGUCAGCAGUUCCCGGAGCCCCCGAAGCACGGCCGAGGCGAGGGUUUGGAGGCCAUCCGGCCGCCCUCGGGUGGGAGGUCGCGGCUCGUGCCAGGCGUUCCGGGAGGCGGCGUUCCGGGAGGGGGCACGCACCUGCCGACCGGCGACCAGCCGGGCGACCCGUGGGCCACGCUGGUGGUUGUGCUCGCGGACGGGCUCAUGGGGGAGAGGCCGCCGCCGCGCGCAGCAUCGAGCCAACCCUCCAUACCCGCGGGCCGAGGACGGCUCCCCCCGCCCGUCGCCGCCGGGAUCGCAUCCGCGGUCGAGCUCUCCGGCGCGGUGGCGCGCUCGCUCGUCGUCUGCGGCGGAGGCGGCGGCGCCAGCGGCGGCCUGAUCGCCGCCGCGAUGAUGAGCGAGGUGGCGAGGGUCACUCCAGGCGGGAUAGACGCCUUUGGCCCGGGGAGGAGGAUCGAGGCGCUGCUCAAGGAGACCAGUGCCGAGUUUGGCAACUUGUGGGAGGCGGCGCUCUACUCGAAGGCGCUCGCGAAGCGGCAGCGCGCUCUCAUCCGCUUCGGCGAAGUGGCCGUCAUCACCUCGCCGCAGCUCGCGCCUCACACGGUCCGCGUGUUCGAGCACGUCUUCACCGACUGGCGCGUCCUCGUUUCCGGCGGCCAGGGUCGCGGUGGGAGAGAUCUCCCGCUGCCCGUCCGCGCCAUCCCUGUCGACGUGUCUGCCGACGCGGCCAACGAGGCGGCGCUCGUGGCGCGCGCGGAGCGGCUCGCGGAGUCCGACGCCGAGGAGGACUGGUGGGCGCGGGGGCUGCGCAGAUACCGGCUCCACCCAGCGUGGCCGGCCUCGGGGGCGGCGACUGAGUCUGAGAGAGAGUGA